CUGGGUCUGAUGGGGAUUUUCCGUUCUCAGUGCGCUCGGGUGAGUCAACGGUCACCCACUUCUGUACAUCUUAGCUAACACCUUGGAGCAGGGGCUCGGCCUGUCAGGUCCAGCCUGAACUUGGUCGUGGGGUCUGACAGGUGAUGUCCCUCACUCUCCACCCCCAUCCGGUAUCGAGACCGAGUCAGGGGAUGCUGGUGCCCGCGCCCUGCUCCUCCACGGCCUGGCCCCUGCGCGCAGCACACCUGCGCCCCCCUGGCGGGAAACGAAGGCUGCGGGGUGGGUCCGCCUCCCCUCGAGGCUCCCGCGCGCCGCCCGUGUUCGCGCGCGCGGUUGUCAAUAAAGUUCUCGCGCGCCGGAAGCGGAAGCGGCGAAUCUCCAUGGCGGCGGCGGCUGCGGCGGCGGGGCCGGUGUUCUGGAGGCGGCUGCUGGGCCUCCUGCCUGGCCGCCCCGGGCUGGCCGCUCUCCUGGGGCGCCUGUCCGACCGACUCGGCAGGAACCGGGACCGCCGGCGCAGGAGGCCACCAUGGCUGUUGUUGGCUCCUCUGCUGUCUCCAGCUGUCCCCCAUGUCACCUCGCCUCCUUGCUGCCUGUGUCCGGAGGGCGUGCAUCGCUUCCAGUGGAUCAGAAACCUGGUUCCAGAGUUUGGAGUCUCCAGCUCUCACGUCAGGGUGCUUUCUUCACCUGCAGAGUUUUUUGAGCUCAUGAAGGGGCAGAUAAAAGUAGCCAAGAGGCGGGUCGUGAUGGCGUCCCUCUACCUGGGGACAGGUCCUUUGGAACAGGAACUGGUGGAUUGCCUGGAAAGCACUCUAGAAAAGUCACUCCAGGCGAAGUUUCCUUCCGACCUCAGGGUGUCCAUUCUCUUAGACUUCACGCGGGGCUCAAGAGGAAGGAAAAACUCUCGCACGAUGCUGCUCCCACUCCUGCAGAGGUUUCCAGAACAGGUCCGAGUCUCGCUCUUCCACACGCCUAACCUCCGUGGGCUCCUCCGGCUCCUCAUCCCCGAGCGCUUCAACGAGACCAUCGGCCUCCAGCACAUCAAGGUGUACCUCUUCGACAACAGCGUCAUCCUGAGCGGCGCAAACCUGAGUGACUCCUACUUCACCAACCGGCAGGACCGCUACGUGUUCUUGCAGGACUGUCCUGAGAUUGCAGACUUCUUCACGGAGCUGGUGGACGCGGUGGGGGACGUGUCCCUGCAGUUGCGGGGGGACGACACGGUGCAGGUGGUGGAGGGGAUGGUGCAUCCUUACAAAGGUGACCGGGCUGCGUAUUGCAAGGCAGCCAAUAAGAGGGUUAUGGAUGUGAUCAACUCAGCCAGGACCCGCCAGCAGAUGCUGCACGCCCAGACCUUCCACAGCAACUCCCUCUUAACCCAGGAAGAUGCAGCAGCCGCUGGAGACCGGAGGCCAGCCCCAGACACCUGGAUUUACCCAUUGAUCCAGAUGAAGCCCUUUGAGAUUCAGAUCGAUGAGAUUGUCACGGAGACCCUGCUGACAGAGGCCGAGCGAGGCGCUAAGGUCUACCUCACCACCGGCUACUUCAACCUGACCCAGGCCUACAUGGACCUGGUCUUGGGCACGCGAGCCGAGUACCAGAUCCUGCUGGCCUCGCCGGAGGUGAACGGCUUCUUCGGGGCCAAGGGGGUGGCAGGUGCCAUCCCGGCCGCCUACGUGCACAUUGAGCGGCAGUUCUACAGUGAGGUGUGCAGCCUGGGGCAGCAGGAGCGGGUCCAGCUGCAGGAGUACUGGCGGAGGGGCUGGACAUUUCAUGCCAAAGGCCUCUGGCUGUACCUGGCAGGGAGCAGCCUGCCCUGUCUCACGUUGAUUGGCUCUCCUAAUUUUGGGUACAGGUCAGUUCACCGGGACCUGGAGGCCCAGAUCGCCAUUGUGACGGAGAGCCGGGCCCUGCAGCAGCAGCUUCACCAGGAGCAAGAACAGCUCUACCUGAGGUCCGGCGUGGUGUCCUCCGCCACCUUUGAGCAGCCGAGCCGGCAGGUGAAGCUGUGGGUGAAGAUGGUGACUCCACUGAUCAAGAACUUCUUCUGAGAACAGCAGUGAUUACAGAAAGAAGAAGAAAAGAAUGAAACUCGGAAUUCUGGCCUCUGGAGUAGAAUUUGGAGGGUGACGGGGAACGGAAGUAGUGAUUUCAAGUCCUAUAUUUUAGAUGAUGGAAGAAAACCUGUGUUUUUUUUUUUGUUUUCCUCUCUGUUCCUGCUGCUUUAUAUGGCUGGUCUCAUUUUCAUUCUGCAACGACUCCAGUCCCAGGCAAGAAGACUGGGGUUCGGGGGGUCAGCAACUUGCCCAGAGUAACGCCGACAGGAAGUGUUGGAAACAGGGUUUCUUCACCACGUUCUCACAUCAGGGGCUGUGUGUCAGGUGCUGUUCUGAGCGCUGCCCAUAUGUCAGGUCCUGAAGCCGCCCCUGCCCUGGCACGUGUCCUCACCCCAUCUGACUCUGGGCAACAGGCCCAGAGAGGCUGAGCGUCUCUCCCAAGGUGACACAGCUUGGACUGGGCAGUGUGGGGAUUCACACAGAGCCAGGCUGCCCCAGAGGCCACCCCUGCUCCCCUGUACACACAACGGGCCACUUCUGCGUCCCCUCAGCUCAGUGCCCAGUUUUCAGGGAUCACCAGUGAGGCUAAGGCUCUAAGGAUGAGACUUACAAGAGGUGAUGUUAAAAAGAAAAAGGGGUGAUGUUGUAGGUGUUAUUGUACAAGAGGGAUGAGGAAAAAUGCCCGUAGAUGCAGUUAAGAUGCUCUAGAAACUAGAGCAUCUUAACUAGAGUUUUUAAAAUAAUGGCAACGUCAUUGAGCACAGCAGACUGAGCUGUCUGCAGGAAGAAUUCUAAACGGACAGUUCAAAAUAAUAAUUGAAGUGUGAUUUGAAUUUAGGUGGGGAACACGGCCCAUCUCCUCCUCACUCUGGCAUAUUUUACGCUUCAUUUGGCAAAUAGUACAACGGGUCUGCGUCUUUUAAGCACACUCCAGACAGCAUGGGGAGGUGGCAGUUGAGAAGUUUGCUGGGUGACAAGGAGAAGACAUUUAUCAUGGAGUUAUUUAUGACGGCAGAAACGGAGACAGCCUAAACCCUCAGCAACGCAGGUAUAGUAAGUAAAUUACGGUUCAUCUGCAGCAAAAAAUCAAGCUGAUCAAGUGUUUUGACAACAUAGGGAAAAGUCUUUUUUCUCCCAUGAUGUUAAG